UUUUUGUUUCUUGCCUACUUUGCUCAUCGUGGUGUUCUAAUGGCCGCAGUAUAAAAUUAGAUGGGUUGAUUGAAUCCUGACACAUGCAGUUUUUAUUUUUUCAGACUAGAAAGCCUUCUCUCUGGUACUAAUUUUGAGCUUAUUUGGAAUACCGCUUUUGGCUUUUUCCAACAGGAAAUAAAUCAAUUCAAAGUUCUUGGUGUCCUCAUCUGCAAAAGAGGAAGGAAGUAUACUAGAUGGAAAGAAAAUGAAGAGGGAGGGGACAUUGUCGUGAAGGAGGCGAGGGAGACGGGACAGGGGUGAAGAUGAAGGAGAAAAAAGUAAUACAAUGGAACCAGACUUUUUCACUGCUUUUGCACAGCAGAGUGCGCUUCAUCAUUCACCACUUAAGAAUGACGCCGUUCAAGGAGAAAAGAGGAAAUUCAUAAAUCCUACCUCCUGCAAUAACCCUAAGUUGGAAGAACUACAAAUGCUCUUGAUAGAUUGGAUUAACACAACCCUGAAACAGGAACACAUAGUAGUGAAAAGCCUGGAAGAAGACCUGUUUGAUGGGCUGAUACUUCAUCAUCUCUUGGAAAAACUAGGAUCUCUCAGGCUGGAAGUUGAGAAGAUUGCACUGACGGAAAAAAAACAGAAACAUAAACUUGCCGUUAUUCUGGAAGCUGUGGCCCAGAGUUUACAACUAGAAGAGAGCCAGCUGAAAUGGAGUAUUGAUUCUAUCUUCCAGAAGGACUUACUGAGCACAUUAUAUCUUCUGAUUGCAAUAGCAAAGCACUUCCAACCUGAUCUGCCUAUCCCUUCAAAUAUUAGUGUGGAAGUAAUAAUCAUUGAGCGUACCUUAACAGGAUUAAGGACAGAAAAUGCAGUGGAAUAUAUCACAGAGAACAGAGAGAAUUUAGAAGGCCAGUCAAAAGCUGAUGCCUUUGAUGAAUUAUUCACACAUGCACCGGACAAACUGGAUGCUGUGAAAAAGGUGCUUUUGCAAUUUGUCAACAAGCAUGUUGGAAAAUUAGGAUUAAAUGUGACAGAUGCUGACUCUCAGUUUGCAGAUGGAGUUAUCUUGCUUUUGUUAAUUGGACAACUUGGGGGGUAUUUCCUGAAUUUAAGGGAGUUCUUCCUGACCCCAAAUUGUGCUACGGAAAUGCUUCACAAUGUUAACCUUGCAGUGGCUUUGCUGACAGAUGGAGGUCUUCUAGAUUUUCCUGUCAAUGCUGAAGAUAUCGUGAACAGAGAUAUGAAGACUACAUUGCAGGUUUUGUACUGCUUGUAUUCCAAAUACAAGACCAAAGAAACAUGAAGAGUGAAACCAAGAACUAGAUUUUCUUGCUAGCAUAUUCCGGGUUUAAUUUUCAAUCCCUAGCUGUAUGUUUGCCACUUUGCACAUGCCCACACCCUAUAUGACACUUGUUGCAUUAAUAUGCUUUGAAGAGCAUGUAUGCAUGCAAAGUUGCAGUUAUAUAACUUGCACUAUCUAUAAUAAAAGUGUGUGUGUAUUCA